UGGCAGCACCUCAGAUGUUCAGCCUUAUAUGAAGCCCACUGACGCCUAAUUCAUGUCGACGGUAUUGACAAAAAAUACAACAAAGAGCUGAGCUGCUUGUAGCGACAUGAUAAAUACUACGUUGAUAACCAAGUAAUUUACCCAACAUAUAUGGCAACAUAGGAUACUGACAGAAGUAAAGGUGACAACUGUGGGCACAACUGGAUGUCAACACAGAGGAAAGGACAGACACAGGAUCUCCAGCUAACUUGUUAAUUAAAGAACUGACUUGUAUUCAGUCCUGUUGGACGUUUAAACUGCAGUCACCUUGAAGUGUUACUUCGUCUAUUAAUGUGCUGAUGUGCUAGAGUGAGUCCUACCUACCAGACAAAUUUAUAUAUUAGACAAAUGGUCUCUCUGAGUUAAACUGCAUCUGAAGAAGAAGAAGUGAGAAUUGGCAGCCAUAAGACCACAAGGCACUGUUUGCAUACUAUAAAUAUUGCAGAAGUGUAGACACGAAAAGAAAGUUCUGGUCUAGGUCUUUCUGUAGUUCACAUUGCCUUAGCAGACUAGUUCUUUAUUAAACCUGUCCAGGUAUAAUUUUCUAUACUGUGUGCAGGUGUGCAAUAUUUAUGCACAUAAAUAUUUAUUUCUCUUCUUUUAGAAGAGCCCUUGUAAAAAAUCUUGCGUGACAGCAUUGCUCUUAAUUAUAGAGCCUAAGCUGCUGUAUACAGAAUUUGUAAAUAUCUCAAAAGAUUCUUUAGUGACACGUUUUGUUGAAACCUUGUAAACACUGAAUGGUUCUCUAGGUCUUAGACUUUACAAAGGUGUUAGAAAAGUGAAAAAGCUUUAGAAAAUGUCAACGAAGAUGGAGAACACUGGCCCCGCUCUCAUGGGCUUAAAUACACAUAACAGGCAGCUUAUAGGACAGCCUAAAGCCCCCUCUCAAUUAGGACCCCAAACUGUGAGUGCUCAGCCUGGAAAGGAGCCCAUGGGGAUCCAGAAACCAGCCAAUGCAUCUCAGGAAGGACCUAGUAUCAGGUUUGGUGAUGACUGGAAAAAAAGCCUACAGCUCCCUGCUAAGGACAAUAGAGUCAAAACUUCAGAUGUGACUGCAACCAAAGGGAAUGAGUUUGAGGACUACUGUCUAAAAAGAGAGCUGCUGAUGGGCAUUUUUGAGAUGGGCUGGGAAAAGCCCUCCCCAAUUCAGGAGGAGAGUAUUCCUAUUGCCCUGUCUGGUCGCGAUAUACUGGCCCGUGCCAAAAAUGGAACAGGAAAGAGUGGUGCAUACCUGAUCCCCCUUCUAGAGAGAAUUGACAUAAAAAAGGAUCACAUCCAGGCUAUGGUGAUUGUUCCCACUCGUGAACUGGCUCUUCAGGUCAGUCAGAUCAGUAUUCAGAUCAGCAAACACCUGGGUGGUGUUAAGGUCAUGGCAACCACAGGUGGGACCAACCUACGAGAUGAUAUAAUGCGUCUGGAUGAGACAGUUCAUGUUGUUAUAGCAACACCUGGCAGAAUUUUGGACUUGAUAAAAAAGGGCGUUGCCAAAGUGGAUAAAAUUCACAUGAUGGUUAUGGAUGAGGCUGAUAAGCUGCUCUCUCAGGACUUUGUGAUCAUUAUUGAGGACAUCAUUGGAUUCCUUGCAAAGAACAGACAGAUUCUGCUCUAUUCAGCCACAUUCCCCAUCAGCGUUCAGAAGUUCAUGGCAAAGCACCUACAGAAGCCCUAUGAGAUUAAUUUGAUGGAGGAACUGACCCUAAAAGGCAUUACGCAGUUCUAUGCUUACGUCACAGAAAGACAGAAAGUCCACUGCCUUAACACUCUGUUCUCCAGGCUGCAGAUCAAUCAGUCCAUCAUCUUCUGUAACUCUACUCAGCGAGUGGAGCUUUUGGCCAAGAAGAUAACGCAGUUGGGCUACUCCUGCUUUUACAUUCAUGCAAAGAUGAUGCAGGAAUACAGAAACCGUGUUUUCCAUGACUUCAGAAAUGGGCUCUGCAGGAAUCUUGUUUGCACAGAUUUAUUCACUAGAGGCAUCGACAUCCAGGCAGUAAAUGUGGUCAUCAACUUUGAUUUCCCCAAGAACGCAGAAACGUAUCUGCAUCGCAUCGGACGUUCAGGAAGGUUUGGACACCUGGGUUUGGCAAUCAAUCUCAUUACUGCUGAGGAUCGUUUUAACCUGAAGACCAUUGAGGACCAGCUCAUGACAGACAUAAAACCUAUCCCCGGCAGCAUCGAUAAGAGUCUGUAUGUGGCAGAGUUUCACUCUAUGAACCCUGACUGUGAGGCAGAGGCGUCUCAGCCUGAUGGAGAGUUUGAAGCCCUUUAGGGAGCACCAUUAGAGCAGGACAGUUGGAGAAACUGAACCUGACUUUUGCACAAACAUCUGCUAGUAACUUCUCUGCUCGUUCCUUUCCUCUUCUUUUCCACCUCAGCUGUAUUUUUAUUUCAGUUUGUGUCAAUGUUUUGCUCUCUCUUUUUCUCUUUUUUUUUCUUUUUUUUUUUUGUUUUUGUAUUCAUUGUUCAUUUUUGGGAGGGGUGGUGGAGGGUCAUUUAUACCUAAAUGACCAUACACUUUCAAGUUGAGACUUGCAAGAAUAAAAGCAAAUCAUUCAGAGAAAAGUUCUGGUUUGAUAGAAAACGAUAAACAAGGGAAAGGUAUUGAUAAAAAUAGAGUUUAGCAUACUUGCGUCAUCAGUUAAGCAUUUACACACAAACCCUGAAACAAGAUUUUUUUUUAACCCAAGUGCCUUAACAUAUAUUGUCUCAGUUUCAUAUUAAAAUGUCAUUGCUAUGUUGAAGUAUUCCCAAAGACUAAACACAGGAUUUUACAGUAUAUUGGUGCUACUGGAUUCUGUGAAGGAAUAAGUGAUUUAUUAAUGAGAAGCAUUUCUAAAUUCCAUUAUAUUCAGUCUGAGGCAGCUAGAAAAACCAGCAUCCAUGGAAAUAUUGCAGAGCUCAGGAUUCAGGUGUCAACAUGAACUAUUGCACUAAACUGCCUGAGAAAAAGACAUCUGCAUUAAUAUUGGUGCAUUUUGUAGUUUCAUUUGUAGUCACAGACAAAUGUAAAUUUGGAAAUUGUAAAGAAAUGUAGAGGCAAAUUAUGGUUUCAAACAGAGACACAAUUUGUGCAAUCUUUUUUUGUAUCUUGUGUUUUUUAUACUAUAUUAGACAUUCCUAAUUUAAACAUUCAUGACAAAACUGACAUAAUGUGAGAGAUGUCAGACUACUACAUAAAAGCUGAUAUAAAAAAAAAUUGCCACAUUGCAUUCAUACAUUAUCAGAUCCACACAUUUAUAUGCACAACUGUAUCAAAUGAUUUGGAGAGUUUGUUUGGUGUUUUUUCAUUUAUUUAAAGGUUGGUGAGAAGGUUUGUCUGAAAAUAGCAUCUUUUACAGAUUUUAUUUCUUUUGGAUUUUAAUGAAUGUAUAAAGUGGUUAAUGAAUGGACUUUGACAUUAGUUUUUGUUUUGUUUUGUUUUGUUUUUUGCCAAAAUGUUUGACUUUUACUUUCAUCUAAAUUCUGCCUAGUGAAUAUUUGUGAUAUCCUUUGGCAGAAAGGAGGCAAAAUUCCUUCUUAUUCCCUUUUGGAUGUUUGCAAGAGGCUUUUCAUAACCUCAUUUUGCAUUUGUAAAAAGAUAUUUUGAUCAAGACAGAGUAUUUUCAUACAGCAGAAUUGUAGCAUCUUCUUGGUGGCAGCUAUGAUUUUUCUCCAAAAGAUGUUUUUUUUUUUUUUUUUCCUUUUUGCUAAGCAGGAAUAUGUGGCAUGUAGCUCAAAGCUUUAAAAAUAG